UUGCCGACGCUUAACGGUGAAUGACAAAUUUAAAUACACGUGCAGUUGUUUCUAGCCGAUUUUAAUUUACUUGAUGCUCUUAAUUUGUUAAGUUGGUUAAUAAAACCAUGCCGGCAGCAGUGGCCACAGGUGUGCAAUUCGGAGGACCGCCCAGGAACAAGAAAAUUGUGUUUGAUGAUUCUGGCGAGGCUGUAGUAAAACAAAACAAAAAGGAGCACCCCCAAAGGCCAAAAAAUGAUGGCAGGGAACAGGUGAAAAAGCAGCAGGGAGGUAAACCCUUUAAUAAAAAUCAGCAUAAACACAAUAAACCUCAAAAGGCAGAGUUUACUGAAAAUGGGCAACAGGUUGCUUCCAAGCACUUUAACAAACAUCACCAAAACGGUCAAAAACCACAGAAAAUCAAGUUUGGCGAAGAUGGUGAAGCUGUAUCCCAGAAACCAUUUAACAAAAACUACCAGAAACAUAAUGGUCAAAAGUCCGAUUUCGCCAAUAAACCACAAAGGGUUAAGUUUGCUGAUGACGACGAAGAAGUAUCUCAGAAGUCCUUUAAUAAAAAAGCUGAGGAGGUAAAAAAACCACAGAAAAUUAAGUUUGGCGAUGAUGGAGAGUCGUCGGAAAAUUUUAAAAAACCCCAACGGAUCAAGUUCGAUGAGGAUGGAGCUGGAAAGAAUGUCUCCGAUAGCGAUGGAGAUAGUGAUGAGGAACUGGGACAAUCUUUUUCCAAAAAACACAACAAAUAUCAGUCAAAACUCGAUGAAGAUGAGGAGUCACAAAAGAAAUGGUAUAAUGUGCAUACCGAUUAUCCAUCUACUGAUGAGGUGCUGGACAUGAAGGAAAACGAUCAGCUGGAGCUCUACAAUCUCUGCAAGAAUUCCUUCGAGACGGAGAAGACAACAUUCAAUAAACGCAACCCCACGGAUGCCCGCUGGUUGCAAACCGCUCUGCACAAGGGUACGGCCAAGGAUCGGGCCAAUGCCGGCGCCCUGCUGGUCACCAGUAAUCCCCUGGGCAACCUAGAAGCCCUAACCACACUGAUUGGGUUCUGCAAGAUCUCCAACAAGGCGAGCAACGAUGUGGUUGCAGUGCUCACGGAUCUGUGGCAGGAAGUGCUCCUGCCGCCCAACAGAAAACUCCUUGCGGUGCACACUCGUGGAGCCGAUUGGAAGAAGCUGAAGAAGGAUGAGAAACUUCGCAACGAGCAGAAACGUCGCAUCUACGCGUACUGGCAUUUUGAGAGCGAAUUGAAGGACCAGUACCACGAGUUUCUCAAGAACGUGAUGCAGGGCUUGCAGACAGGGCAGGAGCACAAUAAGAACUCUUCCAUUGUGGCCGCUGCCAGGCUGCUAGCCUACGCUCCCGAAAAGGAACAGCUACUGCUGACCAUGCUGGUGAACAAGCUGGGCGAUCCCAUCGCCAAGAUUGCCUCCAAGGCGCUGCAUCAUCUCAGUGAGGUGGCCCAAAAGCAUCCCAACAUGUGCGGCGUCAUCGUUUCGGAGGCGGAGAAGCUGCUUUUCCGCAACAACAUUUCCGAGCGGGCGCAGCACUUUGCCCUGUGUUUCCUCUCCAGCAUCGCACCCUCCGGCCGGCCCGAAGUCUGCACCAAGUUGGUGAACAUCUGCUUUGCCCUCUUCAAGGUUCUCGUUCAAAAGGGAGCCGUCAACAACAGGACUAUGCAGGCAAUCCUGAGAUGCCUGCAAAAGGCCAUCGUGGAGGCGCAACCGGCAAAGGACAGCAACGGGGAGCUGCUGACCAAGGAAAUGCAGGACACCAUCUACCGAUUGGUCCACUUGGCCGACAUUCGGGUCGCCGUUCAAACUCUGGGAUUGCUGCUCCAACUUGUUACGGUUAAAACAGAGAAGUCGGAUCGGUUUUACAAUGCUCUGUAUGUGAAACUGAUGGACUUGAACCUCAUCAAUGUGGGCAGUAAAACGGCGGCUCACCUACUGCAUAUAGUCCACCGCGCCAUCCACAUCGACAACCAUGUGGCCAGGGCUCAGGCGUUCGUCAAACGCCUCCUGCAGCUCACUCUCUACGCCCCUCCGCAUAUUGCAGCUGGCUGUUUGAUUGUCAUUCACAAGCUGCUGCGCAUGCGGCGUGAGCUCAUCGGCGGCACUGGAGCUUCGGAGGAAGUGGAGGCCAGUUCCAAAGUCAUGAUAGCAGUGGAUACAGAUCUGGACAAGUUUGGAAGCGAUGAGGAGGAGGUUUACAAGGAUGUCACGGAGACGGCGGACGUGAAUGACUCAAAUCCAGCGGAGGUAAAAGCGGAAGAUGGUGUCAAAUCAAGUGCCUCCUCCUGGCAUCAUGCCAGUGUACCAGCCACUGAGUCCAAGGUGCGGGAGAUUGAUUCCUGCAAGUACGAUCCGUACCAUCGCGUGCCCGCCUUUGCCGGAGCCGGCUAUGCGCUCCGCAAGGAAUUGCUGCUGCUGCGCCAGCACUACCAUCCCACGGUGCAGGUUUUCGCCGAGCAGAUCCUACAGCAAUCACGCAUCGAUUACUAUGGUGAUCCGCUAAGAGAUUUCGGUCUACCUCACUUCCUGGAGCGCUUCGCCUUCAAGAAUCCCAAGAAGUUGGAAGCUCCGCAGGCGGCGGAAAGUGCCAGUGUAGCCCACAAACGCUACAUGGCUCACGGGGCACGUGGCAGACCAGUGAAGUCUCUGACCAAGGCCAACUGCACCGAGGACGAGAUGUUCAUCUUCAACUUCCUGGAGCACAAGCGCCGGCAGGCGGAGAUUGUGGCCCAGAACAAGAAGCAAAAGGAGGUGAAGAAGGAUGAGGCGGAUGGUGAUGGUGAGGAUGGCGAGGCUGGAGAGGAAUAUCUCAAGGAAGGCGAGGUGGAUGACGAUGAGUUUGAGGCCUAUCUGGAUGGGUAUUUCGGCAAGAAGUUCAAGGAUGGCGUCGACGAAGAGCAGGACGAAGAGGAACUCAACUUCCUGCAGGAGCUGGGCGGCGAGAUGCAGAAGGAAAAGUCCAAGGAUAAGAAAAAGAAGAAGCAGACAGACAAGGCGGAAGAGGACAUGGAGGACAUAGAUGAUGAUUGGGGCGAUGAUGAUUUGGGAGACGAAGACGAUGAAAUGGAAGGUGCUGGCGAAGAUCAGUCUGAUGAUGAGACGGGCUCCAUUGACUUGGAGCCACUGGAUGACGACGAUGAUGACGAUGAGGGCUCGAUAUCCGAGGGCGGCCAGGACGACAGUGAUUCCAGCGAUGCUCCGGAUAGUUCAGAUGAGGACGACGAUGACGAAGAUGCGCCGCCCAGGUCAAAGAAAUCACGCAAGGAACCCACCGACAUGGUGGGAGGACGUACCUUUGCCAAGACCCUCAAACAGAGUCAUGAUAUGUCCUCAUUGUUUGCUGCCGCCGAUGACUUCUCUUCGCUGUUGGAGGAAACGGCCAAGGUUAAGGGUCAAGGCACCAGCAAUGCCGUUUUCAACAAGGACAAAUCCUCCGACAAGCAACUGAAGUGGGAGGAGAACCGGCGAUCGAAUACGAAAACCUACAAGGGCAAGAAGUUUCCCGGCAAACCAGCGGCCAAAGGUGGCAAGCCACAGAAAGCGGGCAAGAAGCGGAAACACUAAACUGGUUACGAUCGUAAAACCCUAAAUGUUUAGAUGUGUAAAUACACAAAACGCAAGAUUAAAUAUUUACAUUUUUCAAUAAGUUUAAAA